AUGUUGUUCGAAGGUCCACUUAGUAAAUGGACAAAUGUCAUACAAGGUUGGCAAUAUCGCUUUUUUGUUCUGGAUCCUACUCAAGGGAUGCUUAUCUAUUAUACAUCUAAAGAAAAUAUGGCCAAAGGCGAACGGCGUGGUGUAGUUUUAUUAAGAAGAGCCUUUUUAGGUAUUGACUCUGAAGAUGAUAGUACGUUUACAAUUCGAUCGCAUGGCAAAACAUUUCAUUUUCAAGCUCGUGAUGCCGAAGAACGACAAAAAUGGAUAUCGAAUUUAGAAGAGGCUAUAAGUUUAAAUAGUAUUAAUACGGAAAAAUUAUCUGUUUCAAAUACGUCAUUAUUUGAACGUAAAAUAUCAGAAGCUGAUGCAUAUUUACAAUUGCUAAUUGAUCAAGUUAAUGAACUUGAACAAAAAGGUAAUCAAGAAGAAGAUACAAAAGAACAAGAAUGUUCUCGACGUGUUAUUGCGUCGGCGAAAAGAUUAAUUGAAGCUGUGAAGUAUUCUAUUGUUUCACUACAAUUGGCAAAAGUUCACAUGGAUCCACAUAGUGAUGUUACAGCAGCUGUUGAUUAUCAAGCUGUAUUAUCACAUAUGAAUAUUCAUAAAGAUAAAAUACUUCAUCAUAAUGAAGCAUCGGCCAAUUUUAUUCAGUCGAGUGUUAGUGGUCAAUCUUUUGAUCGUAAUGAUCCAGAUAACACUUCGAUUGGAUCUUUAGAUUUUCGUACAGCUGUUAACGCUGUUCGCAAAAACUUUCCAGUGUCAUCGUAUUCAAGUAGUGACGAUGAUGGUGAUUUUUAUGAUGCUGGUGAAACCAUGGAGAUAUCACCUUCAGCGACAGCAAUCAGUGUCGAACAGACAGAGUCAACAGACAGAAGCAACAAUGAUGUUUUAUCAAAAACAAAUGACAAAUCAUCAAAAAUAAAAAUGAAUGAAAAUCAGUCAGAUGGAACGAAUCGUUUGAAUAAUUCACAAAUUCCAUUUGAAAUUUAUGAAUCUGCUUAUGAAGAAGAACCAGAAGAAGAACUUGCGCCCAUCGACGGUACUAUUAUUUCCCAUUUAAUUUCUCAGGCCCGUAUUUCAAUGGAUUUAACUAAAAUAACAUUACCAACAUUUAUACUUGAACGACGUUCGUUUCUUGAAAUGCUUGCUGAUUUUCUUGCUCAUCCGGAUCAAUUUGUAAAUGUGACGGAUCAUCAAACACCGCGCGAUCGUUUUAUUCAAGUUGUUAAAUGGUAUCUAUCUGCGUUUCAUGCUGGUCGUAAAAGUGCUGUGCCAAAAAAACCAUAUAAUCCAAUACUCGGUGAAACAUUUCAGUGUUGUUAUGAUAUUGGUACAUCGCCAUCGUCUAGUAACACCUUAGCGAAAGACGGUCCUGUGCCAUGGUCAUCCGAUGGCAAUGUAACUUUUAUUGCUGAACAAACGUCUCAUCAUCCUCCAAUUGCCUCAUUUUAUGCUGAAUGUCCUGCAAAACAUAUACAAAUUGAUGGAUGUCUUUGGACAAAAUCAAAAUUUUUAGGCUUAUCAGUGGCUGUACAUAUGAUUGGUGAUGCUACAUUAACAUUAUUGGAUCAUGAUGAACAUUAUGUGAUGACAUUUCCCAGUGCAUAUGGACGAUCUAUUCUUGGUGUUCCAUGGUUUGAAAUGGGUGGAAAAGUAUCUAUCGACUGUGAAAAAACAGGUUACUCAGCGAAUAUAGAAUUUUUAACAAAACCAUUCUAUAAUGGCAAGAAACAUCAAAUCACUGGAACUUUAUUGGGACCAGAAAAAAAAGAAUUCUGUAAAAUUGACGGAGAAUGGAAUGGCAUAAUGUACGCAAAAUAUAGCGAUACAAAAAUUUCCGAUAUAUUUUUUGAUACGAAAUCAACUCCAGUUAUUAAGAAAAAUGUUCGGCCGCUCGUUGAACAAGAUGACUUCGAAAGUCGACGUUUAUGGAAAGAUGUAACGUUCUAUUUGAAAUCUAAACAAUUAGAUAAAGCAACUGAGUCAAAAUCAUUUCUUGAACAGCGACAGCGUGAAGGAGCUAAAGAACGUGCUGACAGAACAGUUAAAUGGCAAACAAAAUAUUUUAUGGAAUCGGGCGAACAAAAGUGGAGUUACGAAAAGAAAUUAAAUAAACGAUUAAAACAACAAUCGUGA